AUGAUUCUCAGUCUACCUGUCUCCGCCGCGCCACGGCUCUUGCUUAGCAGCUACUACUAGCUUCUUCUCUUCCUCCGGAGGGAGAUUAUUCGAGAGAGAUGGCUGGGGUAGGCGCUGGGACGGGGGCGAUGAGCAGCCUCCUCGGCAAGCUCACCACCUUGCUUAGCGACGAGUACACGCUGCUCAAGAGCGUGCGCAAGGAGAUCGCGUUCCUCGAGCGCGAGCUCCGCAGCAUGCAUGCCCUGCUCGAGACACUGGCUGAGAUGCACAAGCUUGACCCCUUGGAGAAGGACUGGAAAGACAACUUGCGCGAGCUCAGCUACGACAUAGAAGACUGCAUCGACCGCUUCACGCACCGCCUUGGCAAUGGAGAUGCCAAGCGCGGGUUCGUGAAGAGGACGGUGCACCGGCUCAAGACGCUGUGGAAGCGCCAUGAUAUCGCAACGGAGAUCCAAGAACUCAAGGCUCGCGUCAUGGAGGAGAGCAAGCGGCGUGCUAGGUACGAGUUUGACAAUCGUAAUCCAAGAAAACCCGUUGUCGAAAUAGACCCUCGCCUGGCUACGUUCCAUGAUGAGGCCAAGAAUUUGGUGGCGAUCAACGGCCCAGUGAAUCAGGUUAUAGCCUGGUUGGCGGAGGAGAGCAUGGAGCUGAAAGUGGUGCCAAUUGUGGGGUGUGCGGGGUUGGGGAAGACGACCCUUGCUAUGGAAGUCUAUCGCAAGAUUGGGGGCGACUAUCAGUACCGAGCUUCCGUAUCGGUGUCGCGUAUCCUUCACCUCGAGAAGCUCUUGAAGGACGUCCUCUCUCAAAUCCACAAAGAUGAGUUCAGCAAAUGCCAAACGGAGAGGUGGGGCAAGGAACAAAUAAUCCGAGCAAUCUCACAGAUCUUAACAGGAAAGAGGUACUUAAUUGUUAUUGAUGACGUAUGGCGGGAAGAAGACUGGAAAAUUAUCAAGGCUUCCUUUCCUGGGAAUCAUAACGGUAGCAGAAUAAUUGCUACUACACGCAUUACCAAUGUAGCCAAGUCAUGUUGUUCUAAUUCCGGUGGCCAACUAUAUCAAAUGGCACAUCUGAAUAGUGUCGAUUCUGAAAGAUUGCUUUUGAAGAGAAUUUUCGGCCCUGACAAUGCAUGCCCUCCUCAUCUGAAAGAUAUUUCAGCUAAAAUAUUGAAAAAAUGCGGUGGUCUGCCAUUGGCUAUAAUUACACUUGCAAGUUUGCUAGCCAAUAAACCACCAACCAAAGAUGAAUGGGAGAGACUGCAAGAUUCCAUUGGUAUUGAUUCUUCACAAAAUGACAGUUUAAAAGCUAUGAGAGAUAUAUUGUUACUUAGUUAUUGGGAUCUUCCACAGCACUUGAAGACUUGUUUAUUGUACUUGUGUAUAUAUCCAGAGGACCACUCUAUUGAGUGCGAAGAAUUAAAAUGGAAGUGGAUAGCUGAAGGAUUCAUUGAUAAACAAUGGGGAAAUCUGGAUCAAGAAGCAGAGAACUAUCUUAAUGAGCUUGCUAAUAGAAGUAUGCUCCAACUGGUUGAUACUAACUAUGACAGCUCUAUAAAAUAUUGCCAGGUUCAUGAUAUGGUGCUUGACCUUAUAAUAUCUCUGUCAGAUGAAGAGAAUUUCGCCACUGUGUUGAAUGGGCGCGUCUGCAAUUCUUUGCCAAGCAAGAUUCGUCGGCUCUCCAUGCACUCUAAUGGACAACAACAUAAAGUGGCAAUUCAUGCAACCGCAAGAAGUAAGUUGCAUGCUCGCUCACUGCAUGUGUUUGGGGAAUUUAAGCAGAUAACCCCACUCGUGAACUUCCUUUCUUUACGGGUGUUGGAUAUACGUGAAGGUUAUAGUUCUAAUAGUUGCUGUUUCUGGUUGGAAAAGAAUCAAAUAAAAAAUAUAGGAAGUUUAUCUCAGCUGAGAUAUUUAAGGCUUGACAGUUCAAAACUCACUGAGCUUCCUGAAGAAGUUGGAAUGCUACGUUACUUGGAGACUCUUGAUUUGCGGCAUUGUAACUCACACUCAUUCACAGUACGACCAUCAACUAUGGUUAGGCUACGGAAGCUGGUACGCCUGUUAGUCCAUGAGAGGCUUAUGUUGCACUCAGAUAUGUUCCGAAGAAUGGAUGCCUUGGAGGUAGUGUCGGCUGUCAGUAAUGUUGACAACCCAAUGAAAUUUGCGGAAGAGCUUGGGAAUCUAACAAACUUGAGAAAAAUCUAUAUGCCCUGUUCUGUUGCUCUCCUCCAGGCCAAAAAUGGUGGUUACGCAGAAGCUUUUGUGGAAAUUUUGGUGUCUUCUCUAAAUGAGUUGGGCAAAUACAACCUUAAAUAUCUUCAUAUUAGUGGAAGUGUAGGAGAGAACAUGUUCAGGGACACUUGUUGUGCAUUUCCUCAUCUCCAAGAUCUUGAAAUAUGUACACUUAUUGAACGGAUUCCAAAGGGAAUGGCCUCCCUGAAUAACAUCGUCAGAUUACUCAUAAAAGUCAGACUAUUUGAUGAGGAAGAUCUGCGCCUUCUUAUGGGUAUGCCUUCCCUGACUCAUCUUGAGCUAACGUUAUACCAUCGGAUUGGCGUCAGGAAGAAGCACACUAUUGGUAGUAACGGAUUCAAGCUUCUAAAGGUGCUCCACUAUGAAAUUGCGUUAAGCCCAGGAACAGGGAUAUCAUUUGCUCCGGGUGCUCUGCCAGCACUCCGAUCGCUCCAUCUUUCCUGGACUGCAAGGGAUGUUAUGUCCCGACAUUGUAAUGGUGCUAACCUUGGCAUCGAGCAUCUUGCAGGCCUUGCACAACUCCAUGUCGAAACUAACUGUCGCUGUGCAACUUUGGGCGAAGUGCUGGCUGUCGAGGCUUCCAUUGGAAAGGCCAUCGCCUUGCAUCCCAAUCGCCGUACUCUUCAAGCUCAUGUCCGUAGACUAGGUGCAAGUUAUAUCUAUAAGGAUGUCAAGGAGAGGGACAUGGAGAGCCACGAGGACACGACUGGUGAUAGUGACGAGGAGUACGGGAAUAGCGAGAUUGAUAUGAGUGAUUCGCCACCACCGAGUACCUCCCGUUUGCUGCAAGAAGACCAAGUAACCUGGAGAGAAAAACAUUUGUCCAACUCUGCGAUACUACGAGUCUGCAAAUGGCCGGAUGAAUGACCAGAUGAUGCCAUGAUAUACAUUGUCCAAACAUAUACCAUGUUUUCUGCAACGUUUUGUUAAAUUGUGUGUUUGUAAUUUGGUAGUUUGUCGCUCUUCAAUGGGGCUUGAUGAGACCUACCCAUUCUGCAAAUCUUCGAGUUCUCUUUGCAUAUUCGCUACUACAAUGAGCUUGGUGAACUCUUUCUCGGAGUUUGUCUGCCUCCGUUUCCGCGACCACUUCACUUCGUGGUGUAACCUUUUCUUUUCCCUUUCCAUCAGCUGUUGGAUUUGGUCUUGGACUUGCUUGCAAAGACUUAGGUUUUUCAAUUGCAUCAUGCUCAUCGUAUACUAAUUACUUCAAUUCCUUCUUCCACAUUACUGUAGAUGUGCCUAUACCUCCACAUCACCCUAUGUUGUUGCUUG